CUUCAAGUAGUCUUCAACCCUAAAUCCCUAAUUGCUACUGCCGACUGCAUACAACAAAUAAUUGCGACUGCCGAGUGCCGACUGCUUUGCGAGUUGCGACUGACCGGCGAGGAGGCGACCUGUGGAGGCGGUGACCGACGGUCGACGGCAGCUCACGAUUUUGCGAGCACGCAUGGCAGACACGGCGGAGAUGGCUGCUUCAACACCCUGCCAAAUCGACCUCGGAAACCUCAUGGCUUACAACCCACAUCACAGCUUUCCAACUCCUCCCAAUUCCAGGGAGGAAUUAGCAUGGGAGUGCUUGCAGGAGGGAACCAAAUUAGUACAAGCAUUAGCAGAUGCUCUUUUCAACUUACCUUCAACUGAAGGCCUGGAUGGCCCAAUUGUCAAAUUGCCUCCACCCGCAACAAGAUUGCCAAGAGAGAAGCCUCUCCCAAAGCCUAAGCCCCCAACAAAAUGGGAGUUGUUCGCCAAGAAGAAAGGUAUUCAAAAACGCAAGAAAGACAAGAUUCUUUUUGAUGAACAGACUGGUACAUGGAAGCGCCGACAUGGAUAUGAUCGUGUGAAUGAUGACAAUGAUAUACCAAUUAUUGAAGCAAAGGAAACUGAUGCACCUGGAGAAGAUCCUUUUGCCAAGAGACAGGAAGAAAAGAAGAAGAGAGUUGAUAAGCAAGAGAAAAAUAGAUUGCAAAACUUGAAACAGGCUGCAAAAGUUGGUGCAGUGCCAAGCCACAUUCAGCUUGCUGCCACUUCAUUACCUAUAACAGGGACACAAGCUGCACCUAGAAAAGUUAGUAAGGUUGAACUAGGAAAUGUUGCUGGAAUGGCAGCAACUGCCACAGCUAGUGGUGGAAAAUUUGACAAGAAGUUGGCCGGAGAAAAACCUCCAAAACAUGAAAAGAAAUAUCGGAAGUUUCUACCAGUUGCAGAAGGAUCAGGAAUGGGUUCAUUAGAAAAACAGCUAACUGAUAAAGUUCUGAACAAACUAAUAUCAAAGAAUUCACAUGACAUACUCGAUGUUAACAAGGCUGUGAACAUGUACAAUGUUAAAAAGGAGAAGGGAAGGAAGAACCGUGAAGGAAAGUCUUCAACACCAAACAAGUUGAAACCAAGGGGCAAGCCUCUUAAGAAAACCUUCAAAAAGGGAUCUUCAAAAGCACCGAAAUCCAAGUGAAUUCCAUCUUAACAAUCACUGAAUGAGUGAAAUUUUGGUAUUCUGCAGUAGCUGGUGCUGCAAUACAGAGAUAUCCCCCAUCCUUCCUACCCCUUUUUUGAUAAAAAAUUUGUAGGUAGAUAAGCUGAAACAAAAUUUAAACUUCAAAAUCUUGUUUUUAGUUUGAUGCACCUGUGGAAUAUGCCUUGUUGUAUUUGUAGUUUGAUUUUCCAAGCUCUUCUUGUCUUGGUGAAAUGUGCUUGAAUUCAGAUACUAUGGUUAGAGCAAGGUUGCCCCUAGUUGACAUCUUAAUGAUAUUAUUUUUAUUCUUUUUGGUCUUA